UCUCCCCGACAAGACGUUCGCGUGAUUGGCACUCGUUGAUUCUUGCAUUGGUCUCUAACAGUUUUGUGUUAAUUCACGAUCGGGCAGUAAUGUAAACUCAGCGAAUUCGGAGUAAUCCGUAAUUGGACGAUGACUCUCAUAACCAUACAUCUAACAUGUUUGUUGCGGAUAAAAGAAAAUACAAGUACUAAUUCCGUCGAUCUGUCUUUGUGAGAUCUGCCUUUUGCGCAAAGAAAAUAUGUCAUUGCUAAACAAAGCAGUGUCCUUUCAAUCGUUGAUUUGGCAAACAUGGUCGUUUUUUAUAAUGUCAAAAACGCAUAGUCCUACACAUUUUAAUGGUGAAAUAGAUGGCUUUUAUGAUCCAAAUUUUUCUGUGGAUAUCAAUCAACGGAUGCAAGUUCCCAGAAGCAUUCGUGUAAAUAGCGAUUAUACAGAGGAGGAUAUUACUGUUAAGAGUAGGCCAAUGUGGAAUCAAGUAUCAGCUAUGGAUAAAUUUGAUAUGCAUGUACCAGACAGGAUUCUCGUUGUUGGACAAGAGCAACAUGUCGGAACCAAGGCACCACCACCAGAAAUUGUUUUAGAAAAUGCCGUAAUGCGUACUGAGCCUGCUAUAGUCAGAGUGCAGACUCCUCCGAGAAUUUUGACUUUGGAUAAUCAUUAUUUUCCGGCAGUGGAUGAAGAGGAACCUGCUGCGCAUUCUAAUGAAGUUCUAAACUCAGUGGAUGUUGCACCUAAGACGUAUAAUUCGGAAACACAGAUAACGAGACAUGUCAGAGAACAAACACCCGCUUAUAAUGUUCUCGAUGUGUCUCUGGCACCCAGCGAAGAAGUGCAACACUUACGCCGUCAAGUGGGCAAGUUGAAUCGCAGAGUGAUGGCGCUUGAAUUAGAUAUGCUGCAUCGCCAGCAGAGAGACAAGUUUUUAUAUUUUGCAACUGUAGCGUACUUUAUUUUGAAAGCUUUCUCCUGGUUGACUAGAAAUUGAAUUCCCAGAUGAAAAAAAAGAAAGAAAAAAAAAGAAAGAAAGAAAAGUUUCUCAGAGAUAAUUGUUUCAUUAGAGCGGAGCGUGUUAUUAAACGUGUUAUUAAACAGCGUCUUGGCCCAUUCUUGCUGUAAGAAAGUAUAACCAAAGACUUUUUACCACAAUCUUACAAGAUCAAUCACAAUCAAGGUGAACGCAUAUGCGAUACAGGACAUAGGCAUGUGUGCACGUUUCUAUCAUGCUGUUUAGAGACAAAGCAACAUGCAAGCAUAUUGACCCAUUGUUUUUGCUGUAUUAGAAAUAAGUCUCCCUUGAUUUUAAGAAAUAUGUAUGUAUUCUGUUAGGUCUGACAAUAUGUAUAUUAUUGUUAAUGUAUAUAUAAAUAGCAUGCGGGAGACUAAUAAAUUAAUUUUCGUACAAUACAGAUAUCAAAUCAUCGCACAUAUUAUAUUUAUUGAGUGUAUCUGUGUAACUUUUGUUUUCUCUCUCAGUAUUAAUAUAGCAGAUUAAAGAUGAUAUAUUUUCAUCGUG